AUGACUGAACCAUCUCCUCCCCUUGAUGGGCGUAUGGUUGUCUGUCCAUACAAUCUCAACCAUCGUGUCGAACCACCUUUGUUCUUUGAGCACCUCUGUCAAUGUCGCCUCAGGUACUGCCGUCAAAAUGGACAAAAUCUUCGUCUUGUGAGAUGUCGCGUCAAUUCCCGUCAUUUUCUACCUGAAGUAGAAAUGGCGUUUCAUGAGAAAUAUUGUGAAGACGACGUUUAUCGCAAAAUCGUCGAAGAAAUGAAGACGGAACCAGUUCCAGUCAAAAUGCCGAGUUCGGAUUCCAGUGAUGAUGAAGGCAAGAACGGCAAUGAUUCUGACACUUCAGUCAGCUCUGGUGAUACAGAAUAUUCGACGUCUAAGGAGGACUUCCUGCGUCGUAUUCUAGAGGGGCCUGAAGCUGAUUGA